AUGGCACCGGGUCAGGAAGUAGGUGAAUUACCUUCAGAAAAGAUAUAUAAAGAGUUCGAUGAGAAUGCGAAUAGUGUACACUGCCAAUCAGGGGCAAGAAUAAGAAAUACACUGAACACCUAUGAUGGUAUAAUAAAAAAUUAUAAGGACGCAAUUAUAAAAGCCUGCUGUUACGCACUAACAAUGCAGGAGGGGCAGGAGGAAUAUAAUAGACGCUGCGAUAUUGUAUAUUAUUACUUAGGUAAUAUUAUGAAAGGGGGACAAUUUGGAGCUUCAAGUUUCACAAAUGCCAUUUCGGUAGUUCAUACAGUACUGCAGGAACUGCAGCCUAAAUGGAAGUGCAUUAAUAUAUACCAUGGUAUAAGCGAAGACUUUUUCACCGAAAGGAAAAAAAUAUUCGACUAUGACUAUAACUAUGGAACACUGACGAAACAACAGGGGAAUAGUAAAUAUUCCUGUAGUCAUGAAUAUAGGCGCUGUCAGAAAGAUGCUGAGGAUGCAUAUGAUAAAUUAGGUCGUAUAUGUGAUAGUGACAGUAAGCAAUAUUGUAGUGAAUUUAAAAUUCCCGAUAAAGAAAGGGUGAAAAAGGAAUUAGCGAAAUUACCAUGUGAAGAUGUUAGUGGGGCAGAGGCUGGAACAGUGGGUACAACAGAACGACUAUUAACAGGGAAGCAUUUGAAGCAGUUACUUUCAGUAGAGAAGUAUGAUAUGUUAAAUGAGAAGGCUGAAAGUUAUGGGAAUACAGAGUGCUGGAAUGAAUUGGAGAGUAAAUUGAAGGAUUAUAUUAAGAAUAAUGAGGAUGUUGUUAAAAGAAUUGUACGGGCAUUCUGCUAUAUAUAUGAAAUGAAUGAUCAUAUACGUAAGAACGGAGGAUGGUGUGAUUAUUUUUACUAUUGGGUAGGUGAAAUGAUGCCGAAGGAAUUGGCCGAUUUCCAGUUUGCAUCAUCUAUGAAUAUUUUCUAUAAUCAAAUAAAUUAUAAGGAAAAGGAGAACAAAUGUAAACUCCUGUACACUUCUACUAGUAGAGAAGUCUUCGGAGCAUUGAAAACAAUAUUCGAUUACAGCAAGGACCAAAGAAACCUGAAAGCACAAUUAGAGGGAGGAGGAAAAAAGUGUAAUAAGGCUUAUUACUCACAUCUCAUGGAUAUUGAGAAAGCGUAUGAUGUAUUACAUGAGAAAUGUGAGAGAAGUAAAAUGCAGGAAUGGUAUAAUGCAUACACUAAGACAUAUGGAGGUUACAAGAGUAAAGAGGUGCUAGGAUUGAAAUGUGAACUGGAAGAGCAACCUCAACAAGAAACUCCUCCUGCAGAAGGAACAUCAGGUGCCACCACGGGUGUAGUAGCAGCUGCAACUGUAGAAGGAAAGGGAGGGAGUGACGGUGGUGGUAGUCACAGAAAAGAAGGGGAAGAGGCUGAUAAUCCUGGUAUCGUACCUGGUGCUGUGUCUGGUGGACUUGCCGCAAUAGCAUUACCAACAUUGGCAUACUUUUUUUACAAGUAUAAAUCACACCUCUUCUUCUUUAAGGGGAAUAACUCCUCUGGAAAUGGAAGAAGCAGAAGUAAAAGGUCCCUUAGGAGAGAAUUUAAUGAGUUUGAGGAUGACUCAACAACGGAAUAUUCGUCAGAAUAUUCCCUUCCAUAUACCUCAUCAUCAUCCAGAUGA